UGUAAAUAAAUUGGUAACUGUAACUAUGUUUUAAAUUUUUAUCAAAAAGUCGAAUAAAGUUACAAUUGUGCCUUUUACUCGUUUCUCUGUAAAUCUGAUGUACAUCAUAUAGUAAACUAAUUAUUCUAACAUUUGCGAAAUCAGUCCUUUAAAUCCAUUAUUAAAGAAAUUAUUCAAGUUUCAAAUGUGUACAGGUAUUUAUGGACUUGUAUACAUUUCACAAGAGUAUUUCGCAAGUAUUUUCUUCAGAAUCAACGCUUCAACAAUCAUUCAUCAUUGAUUGAUAACUUUUUAAUCAUCGAAGUUCUAUUUGCAAAAGGAUAUUCGAAAUAUUUCACGUUUUGUAACAAAACGAGUAUUUAAAUUGUUGAAAUUAAUGGAAGAAGGAAAAUUAAUUUUUUAUUAAACACGUUGAUGUUAUAUGAAAAGCCAGUCCUAAUCCAAUUUUAUUUCCUGUACGAAUGAUCCAGUUGGAGUUCUACCAGUGAGUCAACAGGUGGUUCCCCAUGGAUAUAGAUAUUAGUAUAUUUAAAUAUAUUAUUUGCAUUAUAUAUAUACAUAUAUAGUCUCAAAAGUUUAUAUUAUAUUUCUAUGCUGAAUAAAGCUUCAGUUAAAUGGAAUAACUGAUCUAUUGAUUGAACUAGGUUUUGUAUCUAGUAUCUACAUCUACCAAUCUUUUUGUUCGGAUCAACGUAAAAAAAACAAAGACAGCAGGAACAGGAGAGUAUUGAUUGAUUAGUUCUCUACUACUAGUACGGAAUAAAAGGUCCACGUACUACGUAGUCGAUUACUCUUUCUACAUACGCGUCCCUUUUUUUAAUAGUACUAUUGAUUGUCGUAUUGCCUUUCAUUUACCAAUGCUGUCUUUUACCUUUUCAAAUAGAGAUUAUUUUUGACGACCUACGAAAAAUGGAAUUGAAAAUUUCGUUUCGUGUAAGCUGCUAGGCACAGUACCAAAACUGUGUCCCUAACUUAAAACACAGAGAAGUUUUUCUCUGCUUAAAAUAUACGUCGUCCCACAAAUAUUCAUUGCCAGAGAUUUUCCAAAGCUUUUUGGAGUUUUACAUUCUCUCAAUUGAAGCCAAAAUAUUUAAUAAAAUUUAUAUGCAUAAAAUAGAUGAAUUACGUAUUACGUUAGGGUGAUUGGAAAUUAUCUGCGGUUUUACACUACGUAAUUUCUUGAUACGCAAGUUCAAAUCCAUUAUUUCUUUUUCAAGAAUAUGAAAGAAAAAUUUUUUGAAGAAGAAAUAAUAAAAUAAUUGAACACGUGUCAAAUUUUAUGUAAUGUUAGAAUAAUCCGUAGAAAUUUAAUAUCAAUCGGAAAUUAGAAAGAGGAAAUGGAGUUGGUUUACAUUGAUAAGAUGCCGAGGUGACCAAGAACAAACAGAAUGCUCAUCUGGGAUUAGAUAUGUGGAAUUUAGUAAUCCUCUGAAAUAUCUUGGCGUACAUACGUGAAAUAUGUAGUUCAUCGCCUACAAUUUUAUCUUGAUGUAAUAAAACUUAUAAGCGAUUGCAACACAUGCCUGCUAAGAAAAGUGAUAUAUAACGAUCAAUUGAUUUCUUACCGAUCACUGUGACCAGUGUAACGUGACGUUGAGGAACAGCAAUUACGAUAGCUUGUGACUAAUUAAAAUGAAAGUAAUGUACGCAGUGGCAUUCGCUACGAUUUUGGUGGCAUUAGUUUUCGCCACUCCACCGGAACCAUGUCCGGCCCACAACGGAAGAUAUCCAAUUAUACUUCCGAAUCCAGAUGAUCUCGCAACGUUCUACAUUUGCGACGAAGGUAGACCUUUCUUGAUGACAUGUGCAAAAGGGCUACUCUUCAAUUCCAAAUUCAAUGUUUGCGAUUGGGCGACAAACGUGAAAUUGCCAGAAAAAUCAGAAGAGAUCCUGAGACAAUAAUUAAAUAAUUUAAAUCUGUUAUAAACAUAAUUGUAUCAAUCUGUUGUAAAAAUUGAGAAUAACGUUCUCAAAAUUUUAAUUAAGUUCUACGAAAAAGUUGUUGAAGGUGUUUUACGACUUGUCAACGAAUGUACUAAUUCUUUGAAAAAAAAUUAUUUUGUACGCGUUAGCGAAUAAUUA